AAGGCUGCCCAGCCUGCUCCCCAGAUGGGUGCACACGGUAGGCCUGGGGAGAGCAGUGGAUGAGACCUGGAUGCAGGAAUGUGGGGCUUGGGGGAAAAGCAGUGGGUGUCUUCACUGCCCUGGGGUGAUGUGGGUGAGAAUGAGGUGGGAACUCAGUGCCUGCUCUCUGAUUUCCCUCUGGGGAUGGCUGCAAACUGAUGCUUGGCUGAAUGUGAGCAGAUGGAGGGUCAGAGCUGUGCCUUGAAGUCCCUGCAGGAGCCUUGCCCAGGGGUGUAAGGUCACAGGGAGCCUUCCUGCAAUCCCUGGGUGCAGUCAGGUGCUGUGGGGGUGCAGGCAGAGCUGGGGUGAGUGGCAUGAGCCUUGUCCUUGCUCUGUUCUGCUGUGGGUGCUGGGCUUUUGUCUGGGCACAAGGACUGGGAAUGAGCCCAUACAGGGGGAGGGUUUGUCCUGGAGGCCUGGCUCCCUGUCCCAGACCUGCAGAGGUACUAGCUUAGGUACCAUGCUCAUGGUAAGCUGCUGGAGAUGCCAGAGGGCCCCUCAGUGAGGAAGUUCCAGCUGCUGACCUCCCCUUUUGUGGGACAAGUGGUGGCCAAGGUGGGGGGAAGCAGCCGGAAGCUCAGUGUGAAUGACCUGAAUGCCCUGAGGCUCCAGGACUCCCAGGUUCAUGGGAAGAACUUGUACCUGGCAUUUGUGGCAGCUGAAGGUCCUGCUGGACCAACUGCAGAAGAGACAGCACUGCAAAGAGAAGCUGCUUGUGGGGCACACUGUCCUGCCCAGGGACAGCAAGGACAGGAUGGUGUUCCACAUCCCUAUUCCCAGGAUGAGGAGCUGCAGGAAGCCCAGCACUCGAGAUCUGAAGCCCCAGAGGCAGCAGAGGGUCGGGGCAAUUGGCUGCGCAUCCACUUUGGCAUGUUCGGCAGCGUCCGCGCAAACGAGUUCUCGAGGGCAAGCAGAGCCAAUAAAAGGGGGGACUGGAAGGAUCCUGUGCCCAGGCUGGUUCUGCACUUUGAGAGUGGAGGCUUCCUUGUUUUCUACAACUGCCGGAUGCUCUGGUGCUCCUCUCCCAGGGCUGAUCCUGCUUCUGACAUCCUGUCUGUGGAAUUCCACCGAGGCCGGGCGCUGCGUGCCCUCUGCACACCCGAUCCCAUCUGCUACACCCUCCUAGACCAAAGAUAUUUUUCAGGGCUGGGGAACAUCAUCAAGAAUGAGAUCUUGUACCUGGCCAGGAUCCACCCAUUAACACCAGGCUCCCUCUUGGCUCUCUCAGAUCUGGAGCGCCUGCUGGACUGCGCCGUUCAGUUCAGCUCUGAGUGGCUGCACAACAAACUGCGUGGCCAAGGGCUGCACCCCCAGGUGUACCAGAAGGAGCAGUGUCCCCUGGGACAUCCCCUGAUGAAGGGCACUUUUGGACCCACGGGUGGCUUCAAGAGACUGACGUGGUGGUGCCCUCAGUGCCAGCCUGCAGUGCUGCCAGGGAAUGGGGACCCUUCCCCAGUCACUGAGUGACCUGUCCUGCAGGGUGCUGGGUGGUCUCUGAGCCAUGCUCCUCAUUGUCCUAGAAGGUCUCUGUGGUUUCUUUCAGGCUGUUGUGUUUAGUCCUUAGGAAGUUAGCAGAGUUAAAUGCCCAGUGGAGGUCCCAGGUCCCCUGAGUGGCUGUCCAUGGUUUUUUUUGUCACAGUGGCACCACAGUGUAAAGAGUUUGACCAGGUCUGAGGUGCAUUGGUCGCCUUAUUCAGGUGGCAGUGGAUGGGAAGUGUAAAGGGUUAAGCAGGGGAUUGCUGUGGUCUGAAGUGACCCUGUCCCUUGACCCCAGAUGAGUCAGCAAAACAGAGGAUAUCCCUCUGCCUAAGCAGCUUGAUUAAUUAGGAAUUAAAUAAUCCUGCCUCUGUUUGGAGCUGAAUACCUGUGUGCUGGGCUGUGACUGGGUGUGGUUAAACAUGAGGGGCCGUUCCCAUGGAAUCUGACAGGAACAGCUCCCUCCUCCUUCCACAUCAACAUGUACAAAAUAUACGUCAGCAGUGCUUGGUGGAGCUCAUCUCUGCACCCACAGGUUUCAGCUUUGUGGCAAACUGCCAAUUCCAGAUCUCACUGUAAAAACUUAAAAAAAAUUACAGUGUGUGACAGUGUUGCAUAAAACUCAGGAUCUCCAAGGAAACCUGAAAGCAGAAAGGUUUGGAAAUAGAGCUGUGUCUCUACACUAGAUGGGAACUGCUGCUGUCCUCUCUCCCUGGAUUUGAGUUUAUUUUAAUAAAAAGUUGUUGACUUGAGCAAAAAAAAUAAAAGCUGGAAUUAGAAUCAGUGA